GUGGCGCGUAGAGGUGCCUUUCCAGCACAGAAAAGCAAACGAACACAUAGCACUGCAUGGGAAAAAGAAAAAAAAGGAUGCCGAAAUCCUUUUUCGUCCGGCAGUUUCUCUUCAGCAGGGCUAGGCUAGUCAGGCAGCGUGCUAGAUACCUCCACGUGGAAUUGGAAAGGUCCUUUUAGUACACGGCGCAGCCGCCUCUAUGAGGCCCUCUUUUCCGCCACCGUCGUUGCCGGUGCGGGAUGAGUGCGUGGAGAUAUCACCACUGAGAGUAUCUGGACCUGAAACUACUGCGCUGUCGGUCAUGGGGACGACCGGAGGGUCAGGAGGCAGAGGGGCUUGGUUUUUCUCCGAACGGCUACGGUUGCCUGUCUGCUGUCUGGGUGUCUUCGUGUGUUACUUCUGGUACGGCGUCCUGCAAGAGACAAUUACAAGAGGCAAAUAUGGGGAAGGAGCAAAGCAGGAGAAAUUCAGAUAUGCUCUGUCUUUAGUCUUUAUUCAGUGUGUGAUGAAUGCCAUUUUCGCUAAGCUAAUGAUCCAGUUUUUUGAUGCUGUCAAGGUGGACCGGACUCAGAAUUGGCUCUACGCAGCUUGUUCUCUCUCCUAUCUAGGAGCAAUGGUGUCCAGCAACUCAGCACUUCUUGUCAACUACCCAACUCAGGUCCUUGGAAAGUCCUGUAAACCCAUCCCAGUCAUGCUCCUGGGGGUGACAGUGCUGAAGAAGAAAUAUCCAUUGUCCAAAUAUUUAUGCGUCUUACUGAUUGUCACAGGUGGCCUGUUUAUGUACAAGCCAAAAAAUGUAGGAAGUGUUGGGGAUGAGCAUAUUUUCGGUUAUGGGGAACUCCUGCUGUUGCUGUCUUUGACUCUGGAUGGUUUAACUGGGGUGUCUCAAGACCAUAUGAGAGCUCACUACCAGACUGGUUCCAAUCAUAUGAUGUUAAAUGUUAAUCUAUGGUCCACUUUGGUCCUGGUGCUGGUAUCUCUUUACAGGUGAGCUUUGGGAAUUCUUGAGUUUCACUGAGCGUUAUCCUACCAUCAUCUAUAAUAUCCUUCUCUUUGGCCUAACCAGUGCUUUAGGUCAG